GGUCUGCUCCAAUUUUUUCCAAUGAUCCCCCCCUCCUUUCCCUUGCCCAACCCCUUCCGCCUUUCAGAAUGGCAGCGGUUCUGCUCGGUUCAAUUGUUUGUUGGUCGUUCGAGCUCGGUUCAGCUAGGUCGAGCCUCGUUAGCUUUAGGAAAGCUGUACUGCGUCUCCUGAUUGUCUUCCUCAGGCCGCUGUUGGCCGAUGUGCUGUGCGGGCAACGUCCGCCUGGUUUGCGAAUUUGCUCGUCUGCUGAAGUUCCGUGUCAUAACUUCCAAACAGUCUCGUCGAAACGAUUUUUAGGGAUUCACGAAUCCUUCGUUUCGUGGUAAGCUCAGGAGUUCCGACUCUAGUUCGGGUUCCAUCAUCUAUUGUCCGACGACUCGGAGUCGUCGCCUGGUAGCGUCUCGACCUAUGUCCUCGCAUGCAGCGGCGACAAUAACUCCACUGUCACCUCCGCAGGUCACUUUUGAGUCGACUCAAAAGUAGCGUCUCGACCUACAUGUAUCGCCUCGACCUAUGUCCUCGUAUGCAGCGGCGACACUAACUCCACUGUCACCUCCGCAGGUCGCGCGUGAGUUGCGCAGAAAACCACGGCCACGAUGACGGGGCCCCGCCGCAGAACACGGAACUCCGAGCUCGGCGAGCCCCGGGAAGGUCAUCGGAGUUCAAAACGUUUCUCUCCUCAUAACGCUCAGGCUCCGAGCAACGCUCAGGCUCCGAGCAACGCUCAGGCUCCGACUCGGAGCAGCGCUUUAGGGAUCCCGGAACCACUGCCACUGGUUCCGAUGGGCCGUGGGCGUCAUACUACCUUCGCGAUCCUCCUAAUCUUCUUGUAUUGCUCAGCAGCGGCAACGCUGAGAGCCGCUGCUGCCGACCCACUGGCAAAUACCGCCUCCCCUGGAGACAUCACUGCUGAUACUCCCAGCGCCGAGCCAAGCCUGACCGAUUUGGCCGAGCCAACAGGCUCGGGAACACCGAACGUGUUUCUUGCUUCGGACUACAGCACCGGUGCAACGGUAGCCUCGAAUGGAGCCGAAACUAGUACUUUCACUGCCACUGCUACCACUGCCCAAGCCAAUGGCAGUGGUACUGCCGCUUCUGACACUCCCAGCACCGAGCCAAACCUGACUGGCUUGGCCGAGCCAACAGGCGGCUCGGAAACGCCGAACGUGUUUCUUGCUUCGGACUACACCUCCAGUGCAACGAUCAGCUCCUAUGGAGCCACGAACCCCUCUGCUGCUGGCGGUGGGCUCUUCACCACUGCCUCUGCUGACGCUGGUACGGUUGUUGGUACCGCCACUACUGCUGGUACUGGUGUUGGUACGGCCACUACUGCUGGUACUGGUGUUGGUACCGCCACUACUGCUGGUACUGCUGUUGGUACCGCCACUACUGCUGCUACUGCUGUUGGUACCGCCACUACUGCUGCUACUGCUGUUGGUACCGCCACUACUGCUGGUACUGCUGUUGGUACGGCCACUACUGCUGGUACUGGUGUUGGUACCGCCACUACUGCUGGUACUGGUGUUGGUACGGCCACUACUGCUGGUACUGGUGUUGGUACGACCACUACUGCUGGUACUGGUGUUGGUACCGCCACUACUGCUGGUACUGGUGUUGGUACCGCCACUACUGCUGGUACUGGUGUUGGUACGGCCACUACUGCUGGUACUGGUGUUGGUACGGCCACUACUGCUGGUACUGGUGUUGGUACCGCCACUACUGCUGGUACUGGUGUUGGUACCGCCACUACUGCUGGUACUGCCACUGCACCUCCCCCUCCUCCAUCCGCCCCCUCCUCUGGCCCCUGCAACGUCACUGCUACCAGCAUCUCCUGUGUCGGCUUCUCCUCCUCCUCCUCCUCCCCUAUGCUCUCCUCGCCCUUCUUCCAGCUCAAUGGCGAUGCCCAGGUGGGCCCCGGACCAAACUUCCCCAUCUGGCUCGACACCACCACCAACGCUGCCGGCUGCGCCCUCUCCAUCCCGAGCCUAAACCUCAGCCUCGGCACCGAGGCAGGCGGCACUGGAAGCGGCAGCAGCAGUGGUGGGGAAUUGGUGGCGUUUGAGGCGGCGUUCUCGUUUUCGUUUGCGGCGAGGGCGGAUUACAACAGUUGGGGCAACCGGGGGCUCGCGUUCGUGAUCACUGCGGGGGAGAAGACCGCGUGUGGGCGGAGCGCUAAGAGCGCCAUAGGCUACGGGUUUGCCCCCAACAACUCGUUUGCACAAAGCAUUGCGGUGGAGAUGCGAUCUCGGCCGACCGCGUGUGUGGCGGUGGUGGUGGGGGGGGAGGUGGCAGGCGACAACUGCGCCGACUCCGAUGCCAUGGCGCUGCUGCCCCCCGCUCAGGCCUUCACUCUGAACGAGCCCCAGCACGUGUGGGUGAGCUACGACGGCAGCACGCGCGCCCUGCAGGUGUUUGUGUCGCCAGGGGGGUCGCCCUCCAAGCCGCAGUCCGCCACACUAGUCGCGCCUGUGGACGUGCGGGCUGUUCUGGGGGCCACCUCGGGCAUCUCGGUGGGAUUCACGGGGGGGUCGUGGUGGACGUGGGUGGACGACCUGGAGGACCACAUCAUUCACUCGCUCUCCUUUGAAGCCGUCCCCCCCGGCUCCCAGCAGUCUCUGCCACCCUCCGCUCCCCCCAGCAAGUGCCGGCUCACCUCCUCCAACACGCGCCUGGCUUGCACCGGCUUUGCCGGCCGCUCACCCUUCUUCCUCAACGGCUACGCGCAUGUGGGGCCCGCACCCGACUUCCCUCUCGUCCUCGACACGGGUGGCACUGCUGGCAGUGCGCUCACUCUUGCUGACCUGGCGCUCUCGCUGGAUGCGUCCACGUCAGCAGGAGGAGCAGCAGCAGCAGCAACAACAGCAGCAGCGGCAGCUGUGGUGGCGUUUGAGGCGGCGUUUUCGUUCUCGGUGUUGACGGAGACGUCGUAUGGCUACAGGGGCAGCAGGGGCCUGGCGUUCGUCAUCACGAGCGGGGACAAGACUGCGUGCGGGUCGAGCGACAUGGGGGCCAUAGGGUACGGGGGAGCAGCCCCAGGGGCGUUCAACGGGAGCGUGGCGGUGGAGCUGCGGUCGGGGCCCACCUCGUGUGUGGCUCUGGUGGUCAACGGCAAGGCAUCAGGCGACAACUGCGCUGCUGCCGACCAGAUGACCGGGCUUACAGGGGAUAAGGCGUUCGCCCUGAACGAGCCGCAGCACGCGUGGGUGGCGUACGACAGCUCGUCCCAGUCCCUGGAGGUCUACCUGGGCGGCAGCGACGGGGUGAAGCCCGAGGAACCCGUCUUGAGGGCGGCUCUCGAUCUUGUGGCUGUGAUUGGCGCCACGUCAGCAUCUGUGGGCUUCACAGCUGGCACGUGGUGGUGGGGAUGUGGCGACACCGAUGAUCAUCACCUUAUCCACUCGUUCACCUUCAACACUGUCACCCCAGGCUUCCUCCCAGCAGCACAGCCCACCCCAACAGCCACCUGCAGGGCAACGAAAUCCUCCCUGCACUGUGCUGGCUUUGCCGGGUCGGCCCCCUUCGACCUCAACGGCUACGCACAGCUGGGCCCGGCGCCGCUCUUCCCUCUCUGGCUGGACUCCUACAACACCGUUGGCUCCGCCCUCUCCCUCUCGCCCCUCCCCCUCCUCACCCCCUCUGGCCUCUCCACCGCCUUUGAGGCCGCCUUCUCCUUCACCUUCCUGGCUGACGAGUGUGCGGCCAACGUGAGCGUGGGUCGAGGCUUCACCUUUGUGCUCACCAAUGGCCCAACAACAGCCCUCGGGCAUGCAAACGCAAGCUCCCUGGGCUAUGGCUCGGCGGGGGGAGCUUUCCUCAACAGUGUGGCAGUGGAAUUUCGCCUGUGUCCCGUACCCUGUAUUGCCGUCUCUGCUAAGGGAGUCGUGGCAGGAGAUGGUUGUAUUGGUGCAGAGUAUGCAGCGACGCUUUCAGACGCCGAGGCCUUUCCUCUCAACACCCAGCAGCAUGCGUGGGUGAGCUACGAAGGAGCCUCCCAGACGCUCAAGGUGUUUCUGGCUGGAGCUCCUUCCGCUCCCUCCACUUCCCCGGUCAAGCCAGCUGUACCGGUGCUCACUGCAUUUGUGGAUAUCCCGGCGAUCCUCGGCGCCACGUCAGCGUCGGUGGGGUUCACAGCUGGCACGUGGUGGUGGCAGUGGGGAGCGAACGAGCGGCAUAUCGUACACGACCUGGCGUUCGUUGGAGGAACCUUCUUUGAGACUUCCAGUGUGACUGCGGAGCUGACAGCCCGAUUCGACCCGGCAAACCAGACAGAGCUAGCUGCAUACUCUGUCUCAAGCAUAGCCCCCUCUCCCACCACCAAUACCACCACCAGCACGGCCACCAGCAGCACAACCACCACCAUCACCACCACCACCACUCCAACCACCGCUCCCACCACCGCUACCACCACAUCCGCCUCUCUGGCGUCUCUCACCCCCGGCUCAACGCCACCUACCAUGGAGCUCCGCUUUUCUCCAGAAGCCAGUAUGCUUCCAGGGGCUCAGAGGCCGCUUGUGGCUCGGCAGCAAACCACCGCCUCUCACCCUGUGGUGCGUGCACACGUGUACAUAUCGAACACUGAGCAGUGGCCCAUGGCUGACGUGGCAGUGACGACGCGCAUCACAUACCCCAACGGCACGGACGCCUCGCACUGCUUUGUGUUCAGCGACCCUGUGCUGGACGGCAUUGCGUAUGUGAACGGCGCAGGAGCCCUUGCCCCAAACUCGUCUGCCUCAGUCGAUUGGCUGCUCCUCGUGCUUGACUGCGCCGCCCCUGCUGCCCCCACCAACUUCAAACUGGGCGGCAGUCUGCAGUACACGCUACCAGACACGUCAGCAUCAUCAGUACCGUCACCAUCAGCACCAUCAGCACCAGCACCAGCAUUAUCUACUGCAGGUGCCACGUCAGCACCAUCACCAGCACCCUCAGCAACAGCAGCAGCAGCAACAGCACCAGCAGCAGCACCACCACCAGUGGUGAAGCAAGUGAAUCUAACGAGCGUGCGUGUAACAGUGGCUCCGCCGCCCAAGCUGCAAGUGCACUACUUCGUGCCCAAGCACGUGCAAGGGGACGACCUGGAUACCCCACAGGUGGAGGCCCCAGUGCCCAUUACCCUUGGAGCACUGGUGUAUAACGCAGGACAUGGUACAGCUGCUGCUGUCGCCACCCAGUCACUGCUGCCCGUUGUUAACGCCACAUCAGUGCCUGUCACUAUCACACAGACGGCUGUCGGGGAGGAGCCCCAGCCUCCAUCCUUCUCCGUUCAGAUCGGCAGCAUCCCCCCUUCAGGCACAGCCAUGGUGCGAUGGACCAUAGAGGCCAGCCUCACUGGCACAUUCGAUACUGUCACCACCAACUCCUCCUCCUCCUCCUCCUCCUCCUCCUCCUCCUCCUCCUCCUCCUCCUCCUCCUCCUCCUCCUCCUCCUCCUCCUCCUCCUCCUCCUCCUCCUCCUCCUCCUCCUCCUCCUCCUCCUCCUCCUCCUCCCCCUCCCCCUCCUCCUCUCUCCUACCCGGCCUCUCCCCCAUUCUCAAGUCUGUCGACGUUCACAACCUCGUGCACGUCGUCUACCUGCUCGACCCUUCCUCAGGUGCCCCAGCGCCGGGCGCGGGUGACGAUGGCUUGCCGGAUUUCCUGGUGGACGACGACGGGGACGAGCAGAGCCUGCCGGACGCUAUCUACAGCAGUGCUGGUAACCGCGUGCUGCCGGUAACUGCUGUUCCUCGCAGCGCUCUCACUCUCGGCCGGCCGCUCUUCACCAGUGAAACCCGGGCCAAGCUCACAGUGGCUGUGGACUGGUCGUCUCUCAAUGCAGCAGCACCAUCAGCCACAGGGGGGUGGAGCUACGCUGCCUUCGCAUCGCUGCUGCCUUCCCACUGCUGGAAUCUCACCGGUGCUCUUCGAUCCGACAGCUCUCAGCUGCCCGUUCCUUUCAACGCCUGGACCUCCUUUCCCUCCUCACCCUCCCCUUCCACCACCAAUACUGGCACUGCCACCACUGCCAGCAUUGCCAGCACUGCCAGCACUGCCAUCACUGCCCCUGCCCCGACUCCUGCUUCUUCCCCCCUUCCCUCCCUCUCAGCUGACACCACGCACAUUCUCGACCUCUCCUCUUCCCCCUCCUUCACUCUCUUUUACUCCUAUUUCGACCAGACCCUCUCCUUCCCCCACCUCCCCCCUGCUACCAGGCCUAAACCCCCUCCCUCCCCUCCCCCUAAACCUCCCCCUAAAUCUCCCCUAAGCCCCCCACCAAAACCGCUCACUAGCCCUCCCCCACUCAAACCACCUCCCUCUCCCUCUCCCAAACCCCCUCCUUUCCCUCCCCCUAAACCUCCUCCCUCCCCUCCUCCCAAACCCAUCUCCAGCCCACCGCCCAAGAAGCCUCCCCCCAGCCCUCUGAGACCCCCUCCCAGCCCUCCUCCCAAGAAGCCCAGCCCCCCGCCACCCAAACCCCCCUCUCCCCCGCCGCCCAGGCGCAGAUACCCUCCGCCACCCAGGAGGCGAUGGGGCUUCUUCCCUAGGUGGCGAUAAAAGGCUGGGAAGAAUUGUUUCCCAUCCAACCCCUCUAAACCCCCUCCCACCCCACCUUUCAAGAAGCCAAGCCCCCCACCACCGAAACGCCCCUCACCCCCACUGCCCAGGCGCAGAUACCCUCCCACCCCCAGGAGACGAUGGGUCUUCAUUCCUAGGUGGCGAUAAAAGGUUGAGGAGAAAUCCUUCCCACCCAACCCCUCUCAACCCCCUCCUACCCCACUAGGCCCGCCUCCCAGGGGCCAAGCCCCCCACCACCAAAAACCAAAUUCGCCCCCAUCGCCGAGAUUCCUUCUCCCACCACCCACCAAGCGAUAGGGCUUUUUCCCUAGGUGCCGUUGACAUGUUGCAGUCAGGGCGUGUUCCUAAAGUCCCCUGUAAAACAUUCUUCUAUCAUACUUGUGUCCCACUCCACCGUACUGAAUCGCAUUAUACCGACUCCGAGUCAAACCUAGCUGUAAAGAACCACGUGCAGGAUGUUCCAGCACCAACUACCUCCUUACCAAAUCAGACUCAUUAAGGGAACCAAGAUGUUGAAACAAAAGAUUGGUUGCUACUGCAUCUCCCCCCUCCCCCCAGAAACGCCCCAAACCACCACUGGUGGAAACGUCAUUUGAACAUGAUUUAGCCUGCCAUAUUUCUCCAAAACCCGAGAUUCUUCUCCACCCACUCCCUCACAGAGAGGCCUCAGGCCACAUGGCCACCAUGAUCCACUCUAAUG